AUGGCUCCUAAAUUUACUAAUGAACCACAACACAUAUGUCGAUUCUCUGAUCUUACUUCAGAGCCAAGACGAAUGCUCUCACCUAUCAUAGGAUAUGAGAAUGAGCCUCUUGUUUCUCUGGAAGAAGCCAUUGUUCCUCUCAUUUCGAUUGUUCCUGAAGUUGAGCGUAUGGCUUGGACAGUCAAACAACAGCAUUUCGAUAGAGAACAUGGUUUAACACAUGAUGAAGCAGCUUCAAUCACACUUUACACGAUGGAAUGGACACCAACACACAACUCGUUUUAUAUUAUUCUUAACACUACUUUGCAAGCAGCUAAUCGAAAUUUACUCAAGCCAUGGUUUCUUUAUCUUCGUCUUAUUAUGACUUCUUUAGCCAAAUUUCCAUCGGAUUCUAAUCGUCUCACCGUGUAUCGUGGGGUUAAACUUGAUUUAACUGCACAAUAUCCAAAAGGAAGUACCGUCACUUGGUGGGGUUUUUCAUCUUGUACAGCAUCUGUUGGUAUUUUAAGAAAUGAACAAUAUUUAGGUCCAAGUGGAACAAGAACAUUAUUUAUCAUUGACUGUUUUUCCGGCAAAAGUAUUAAACAAUAUUCACUUUUUCCAGAAGACGACGAUGUACUACUUCCUCCAGCUCGACAAUUUCAAGUGACAGAUUCUAUUUAUUCCGAUGGUGGUCUUCAUAUUAUACGACUCAAAGAAAUACAAACCAAAUUUCCACUCAUUAAUCCUGUACCCCAACCUACACCACAUCCACCAAUACCGCCCAUGCCUAAAGCAACACCACUUCCGGAUCCACCAAAACCAUCCCUGCCUAAAGCAACACCACUUCCGGAUCCACCAAAAUCGCUUAAGCCUAAACCAACCCUAUUUCCAGAUCCACGAAAACCGCUUAAGUCACCUAACUGUAUUGAUUCCAAGCUGCGAAAGUAUAUUGACUCAAUGUAUCUCGACCAAGUAAUUAUUACAUUCAAACACACUUUCUUAACAAUCUACUACUUUAAAUCAAACUUCUCCGAACCUUAA